AUGACAAGUACCGUCCCACUCCUCAACGGUCAGCAAUUACUGAAAGCUUCACACAAUGUGAUCCAUGGCCAACGGUCCAAUUGGAUUUUAUUCAAGUACCGAACUACAAGCAAAUCACAAACGGCUCUUCUGCCGGUGGCACAGGGAACUGAAGGAAUCAGAUUAUUACGAGACCGGCUGGCCAUGAACGAAAUUCAGUUUGCAUUAUUGCGCUUGGACCACCAGCUGUUGAUGAUCGCCUAUAUUCCUGACCAUAUGAGCAACGUGGCCAAAGCACGCGGCAGCAUUCAGGCUCAAUCCUUGGCAAAGUUAUUACUGCCUGAUAAAGAAUAUGUGAUGAUGGUUGUUCAUCAUUUCACAGACUUGUCCGAUACCAAAAUCCGCCAAUAUGUUCGUCGUCGCAGCCAGCCAAUUUCGUCCGCUUCUGCGUCAAUGACGGCAAGGUCGGCGCCAGCCUCCACCACACGACCGGCGGCAUCAAAAAAGCAAGCGCCGUGCAAGGCGAGUAACCUACCUCGAAUAAAAUCCAUCGUAUCAUCAUCUACUACAUCAGAGCUCCAAUUUGACUUCGCUAACACCCCCACUCCCACUCCCAUUCCCACUACCCCGCACUCGCCUCACUCGCCUCACUCACCGCAAUCAAUGGCUUCAUCUCUAACAGCAUCCACCUCAUCAACAUCAGUUUCUUCUCUCUCUACCCAAAAAAAGCUUCCAGUUCUUUCAGGCUACUUAACAGUGCAGAUGCGAGAAAGUCUGUAUUGGAAACGGCGCUAUUUCAAAAUUGACGGAUAUACAUUGUCGUUGUUCCACUUGAAUACUCGGGUUUGCCUGCAAUCGCUGCCUUUGGAACACAUUAAGUAUUCGAGUGAUAUUGAAGAAGAUGUGAUUCGCCAUUCGUUUGAAGUGGCUACACUGGACGGCGAGCGAGUGCUUGUGGCAGUAUUUAAUUUGGAGCAGACGAGUGCUCUUUCGUUCCUGAUUGGCUAG